UUCCUCCUUUCUGCUUCUCCUCUACCUUGCAGUUUCCUUACUGCCCUUUUUGCAGGCGCUCGUUUCACGUACUCCACUACUUUGACGACCGCUUUACGCAUCUCAAGAGCCACUUUAGACGAUCCAGGAGCAAUCAUAUGACACCAUGCUGUUUCGACCACUCGAUAUUACUAUUCCACACAUUGCCUAUGCCUGUCUGGGAGGCUUCGUCGUCAUCUUUGGCAUGUUCUCCCUAUUCAUAAGGGAGAAGUUGUACAUUGGCGAGGCCUGUUGGGCGUUUCUUUUUGGGGUGAUAAUCGGCCCUUAUGGUGCUGGAAUAUUUGACCCCCGAGGAUGGGGCGGUAACAAUCCGGAGACUACCAAUCAGAUCACGCUCGAGGUUACUCGUGUCGUUCUUGCUAUUGGUGUGUUCGCCAUCGGCGUCGAGUUGCCCAAGGCCUACAUGAAGAAACACUGGAAGAGUCUAUUCUUCCUCCUGGGACCAGUCAUGACCUACGGGUGGUUCGUCUCGGCCGGCUUGAUAUAUGCAUUGAUACCCGGCCUCAAUUUUCUGUCGAGCUUGGCAGUAGCGGCAUGCCUUACGCCCACAGAUCCUAUUCUCGCUGCUGCCGUCGUCGGCGGGAAGUAUGCUGAUAAACACGUCCCUGCACAUAUCAGAUACUUAUUGGCAGCAGAGAGCGGAUGCAAUGACGGCGCUGCCUAUCCGUUCUUGUACAUUGCGAUAUAUCUCAUAAUCGACACCUCUACUGGGCGUGCGGUUGAAGACUGGUUUCUGACCUUGUGGCUUUACGAGAUCGUCUUCGCUGUGGUGUUUGGUGCAGUUCUGGGCUUUGCCUUCAGGCAUCUCAUGAAGUUCUGCGAACGCAAUGACCUCAUCGAUCGUCAAUCAUACGUCGCCCAGUACCUGUCUCUGGCUAUGCUCACGAUUGGGAUCAUGACGAUGCUUGGCUCCGACGACCUUCUUGCGGCGUUUUCGUGCGGCACCGCGUUCGCAUGGGACGGUUUCUUCAACCGACAGACCGAGGAAUCCGUGUUCAGUUCCGUCAUUGAUUUGCUGUUUAACGUUGCCGCGUUUGUAUACGUCGGUGCAUGGAUGCCCUUUAACGACUUUACGAAUGAGACGCUCACUCUCAGCGUCUGGCGGCUCAUUGUGAUCGGCAUUUUGGUUCUCCUUCUCAAGAGGUUGCCAAUCAUAAUUGCUAUGUACAAGUUCAUACCGGACAUUAAGACGUUCCGCGAAGCCGUGUUUAGUGGGCAUUUUGGACCCAUGGGAAUUGGCGCCGUGUACAUCUCGACACUUGCUGCGAUGAUGCUACCCCGACCUUCUGACCCACCAGCGGAUCAGACGGAGUUCCUUGCCGCCACGAUCCAACCUAUCGUCGCGUUCAUGGUGCUUUGCAGUAUUGCUGUGCAUGGUCUCUCGAUUCCAAGCUUCUCGCUCGGGCGACGUGUCCACUCUGUCUCUUCGCGCACCUGGUCGCGCCACGCCACUGGACCUGAUUGGACUCAACAGACUCGUCAUGUUACCCGUGGUGAGGAUAUUGUGAUCAACCGCGACGGUGACGCUGUAGGUGCAGCCGAACGGGGAGACGCGGGCCUGUCGGUCGAUGAGAAGGCAUCGUGGGAGGAGCGAGCUUCUAAGCGCGCGAGCACGAGCACGAGCACCCCAAGCCCCGUCAAGGAUAACGAGGAUAUUGCGAAGGAACCGAUCAAUGAGGAGGGAAGUGAGGCGACGAGGGCGGAGCUGGAGAAGAAGGAAGAUGAGGAGGCGAUGAAGGAGGAGAACCUCCCACAAGGGGACGAGAUAUUGGCGGAGUGGAAAGAAGGUCCGGAUAGGAUCAUCGAACGUCGUCCUGGUGGACCCGGAGAAGAGGUCGAGGUCGAAGUGGUGCGCAAUGCGUAUUGUUCAACUGGUGAGGAGGUCCGCCACGCGUUCCGCACUAAGGAGGGUGCUGCCAAACAAAGUGCACGCGCCUACCUUGAUCGCCUCCGACAUGCUCAGAAUAAUGGGCACAAGGAGCUUGAACACGUCGAGAAUACUGUCCUGAAGGACGCUGUCGCGCUCGAGCAUCGCGCUGCAGAGAUGCUUGGUAUGCCCGAUGCGCAUGUACCAGGUGAGGAUGUUGUCCAAGACGAUGACGAUGGAUGGGCCUCGGACAAGAGCGACGGUGAUGCCAGUGGCAAUGGCAGAGGGAAAGAUCGCCCGAGCUCUGUCGCUUCGAGCGACAGCUCGCCUCGACCCCGCUCACCCGGCUCUCCUUCGCGCAAGAAAUCGCGCUCGGGCAAGAGCAAGCCCAUUGGAAUCGGAAUCGGCAAACGCAUGCGCCGUCGGCCGACCGCCGGCGCAGUUGGCGGCCCAUCGUUUUCGGGCAACGCGCACCGCCUUAUGGUCUCGCCUCCAUCCAACGAAGACGUCGCCGAAGGGUCCCGCACCCGACCAUCGACCGCAGGCGCAGAAGACGACGACCGCCGUGGCCGGUCCACAAUCCUGCGGCCCGAUUCCUCACACCGCAACUUGAGUGCACGCCACCGGCGCAUCGAGAGUCUCCGGCUGGACGGUGCGACACCGCUCGUCGGCCGCUCGCGCGAGGCGAGUCCAACGCGGUCUGUGCGCUUUGCGGAUAUGGACCACCCCCGGAGCGGGACGAGCACGCCGCGGCAGUCAUCGUUCCUUGAGGCGCAGCAGUCUCCCACGUCGCCGUCGUCGCCGUCGUAUUACUCGGCGCCUACCUCACCGAACGAGGCAGGAGAAGACGAGGACAGGAGGGUGACCUUUGACCUCCCGGACCAGAAGCCGUGAGGCAAAUUAUAUUGUCGAAGAGGAUUUUUGCUUUUAAAGACCGUUUGCUUUCCCCUAUCCAUCUAUGCCAUCAAUCAUUUUGCAUCGUCGCAUGUUACUUGCAUUUCUUGCAUUUCGCAUACUCAUCCACUCCAAUUUUCCCCUUCCUCCAAUCCAGUUAUCUGUUCAUUUGCUUCAAAUUUUUCCUUACCAGGUUUACGGUCACUGCUUUUCGUAGCAUAUGCUGUACCUGCCUGUAUCGCCUAGCUCAUAGUUUUUUGUCUGGC